AUGCCUGAUCAGAUGGAGAAUGAUGACCUGAAUCAAGAAGUAUCCACAAAAGUUCAACCUCCAGAGGACUUCCUUGAGUUCCCGGCCUCCUAUCAGGAGCUCUUUGAGUUCUUCUGCAGUCACAGCACCGUUCAUGGCGUGAUCCGCUUGGUCCAUCCUGCUGGGAACAAGAUGAAGACGACUUUCUGGACUGUGCUCUUCUUGCUGACAGUCGCCCUUCUGUACUGGCAGUUUGGGGAGACCUUUGAACACUACUAUAGCUAUCCUGUAAACUUGAAGAUCAGUCUCCAUUCAGACAGACUGAUGUUCCCAGCUGUCACGUUGUGCACUCUAAGGCCCCAAAGGUACAGCGCUAUCCGGGAGGAGCUUGAUGAACUGGACCGUCUCACCCAUCAGGUGUUGGUAGACCUGUACGGCUUCAAGAAGCCCCAGGAGCCAAACUUGCCAGACUCCCGAUCUCCUCACCUCCUCCACUUGGUUCGAGAUAUUCAGCGCCACCCAUUGCAACAUUUAGAGCCCGAGGAUCCAACUGGCCUUGGGAGGAGUGGCCAUGAAGGGCGAGUGGGUUUCAUUCUGUGUAAUAGAACCAAUGGAGACUGCUUCUACCAAACCUUCUCUUCCGGCAUUGAUGCUGUCCAGGAGUGGUACAGCUUCCAUUACAUCAAUCUCCUGGCACGGUUGCCCAGGGAGCAAAUCUUGAAUGAAGACGACGCUGCAAACUUUAUCUUUUCCUGCCGUUUCAACAAGGAACCCUGUGACAAGGACAAUUUCACCCAUUUCCACCAUCCCUCUUAUGGGAAUUGCUACACACUCAAUGACAAGACCGGAUGGACAUCUUCUGUGCCAGGUAUCCAGCAUGGCCUUUCUCUCUUGCUGCACAUCAAGCAAAAUAACUUGAUACCACUGCUCUCGACAAGAGUUGGUGCUCGGGUGAUGGUACAUGACCAGAACGAACCUGCCUUCAUGGGGGAAGGAGGCUUCGAUGUGCGUCCUAACAUGCAAACGUCCAUCACCAUGGAAAAGAAGGUACUGGAACACCUCGGGGGUAACUACGGCAGCUGCACAUGGAACGGGAGUGAUGUGCCUGUGAGAAACUUGUACCCAUUCAAAUACACUAAACAGGGGUGUGUGCACUCUUGCUUCCAGACCACCAUGGUGGAACGUUGCGGCUGUGCCCAUUACUUCUAUCCUCUUCCCUCUGGAGCGGAGUACUGUGACUAUGCUAAGCACGUGGCUUGGGGUCACUGUUACUACAGACUGCAGGCCGAGUUCAAAUCAAACAAGCUGGAGUGUUUCAACAAAUGCCCCAAACCUUGUAGGGUGACUCAAUAUUUGCUGUCGGCAGCUUACUCCCAGUGGAUGUCCACUUUAUCCAAGGAGUGGGUAUCUUAUGUCCUGGCCCAGACAAAGGAAUACAAUGCAACUCAAAGGAACAGUAUCUCCAAAGUGCACAUCUUCUUUGACGAAUGGAGGUAUAAAUCUACCCAAGAGUCUCCUGCCUUUACGAUAAAUAUGCUUCUUUCCCAACUGGGAGCGCACUGGGGUCUCUGGUUUGGCUCGUCUAUCAUUUCCCUAAUGGAGGUGCUUGAGUUGAUGGUGGACAUGGUUGUGGUCACUUGCAUUGUGUCCUUUGGUUUCCUCCGCUGGAUAUCGACCCCCAAUGUCUCCGGUGCUGGCACCUCCAGUUCUACCACUCCUGGUGAUGCUACCAUCCAGCCUGAACCCUAUGAUGGUGGCAAGGCAGACUGCACAACAGAGGCCUCUUCUCAAGACAACCCAGAUGUUGCUGCUGUCUCAGAACUCAAGAAUGAUGUUGAGGCUGCAUUCCAACUUGAGCUCUGCAGCCACGAUGGGGUCACCAUUCCCUCUGGAUCAUCUGAUCCCCGUUCCUGUAGCUGUGAUUCCUACCAGCCCCAACCUGGCAGCUAUGGGCAUGCUGUAUCUCAGCCCAGAAACACUCCUGUAUUCCACUCGAGUCUCCCAAUUCAAUCCAUUGUGAAGGAGUUAAUGGACAUUGGACCUACGGGCAGAGACAGGGAUCUCGAGCUCGGGCUGUAA